CCCAAUCGCGCUUGUUCACAUGUCCUAUGUCCCUGCUGCUCAGCUCGCUGUUUCGACGCGUGUCCCUCUUACUCGCGGGGCUUUGUUUCAUUCUACUAUGUAUCCCUGGAGGAAAACCCCAGUCUCGCCGAAAGGAAUUCAAUGACGAGGAGGUUCGACUUGGCUUUCCGAUGAAACUCAACACCACAUCCUCUUCCAGCUUCAAAAGCUCUUUCACUGCAAUCCUUCCCAUAACAGAUCGAACAUUCUCCAACUUUGAAGACCUACUGGAUCCAUUCUUCUCCUUGAGUAGCUGCGUUACGGAUGUGUUGAUAGCAUGUCCGGAGUCUCUGCUGCCACAGGCGCGACUGGUUGUGCGCCAGAUCGUUCUUUCCUCGGCCCAGGAUCGAAAACACGUUGACAUGUCUCUUUACUCAUGGAACGUCGAACAACACUCCUCAAGCCGUAUUAUACUUGAAGCUGCUUCAAAAAUGACGACAGAUUGGCUUCUCUUGCUUGACGAGGAGGGUCUCAGCGGAUUGACUGGGCGAACUCGCGAUAUGCUCCUUUGUCCGGCAAGCCUUGAACUACCCAUAGGAUCCAGAGGAGUCUUUGCACAGUCCGGCAGCGCGUCUUGCGUGGUGCCCUCACCCGAUCCUACUGCUACCCUGUAUCUGAAGCCUCCAUUCUCAAUACCUCGUGCACUGAUCAAGAAGGCUUACAAAGACUGGGCUGAACUCGGAAGAGCGAUCUCAAGCCCUCAAGAUGGGAUCGGUGGAGUAAUGCGCGGUUGGGAGGGUGAUGGAGAUUGGUGUUCGACGUCCCGUUCGGAUGGCGCUCCCCUCAGCGUGACGUUCGUAUUUGUUCUUUCUAGUCGAAGUGACUUGUCGGCCGCCUCUCACCUGAUUUGUCGUCUGUUAUCUGCCCAUCACGAAGUCAGGAUUCUACUUCACUCGGAGAACGAAGGAGACGACCACAUGGCUUGCGAUCUCACCUGGGACGGUUUGGCUGACAGUUCGGCUUCCGUUCUUGAGUGGUUGGACCGUUUGGAUCAAGUGCCGGAUGUGUUAUUUGCCGUUGAAGAUUUGGCAGCUGGUUACUCUGCCCGUACUGUCAUAGUCCGAGUACCUCGUGAAGAUCUCGCACACACCAGCUGGAUGGGUUCCAUGUCCUAUCUGGAAUGGAUCAAUUGGAACAUGCCAACGGUUGAGCUCAGCAUCAUCACUCAAGAUCGGCCGGGAUCUCUUCAACGACUACUGACUUCACUCUCUAAAGCUCGCUAUUUUGGAGACUCUGUGGUGUUACGAACAAAUAUGGAACAAUCUCCUGACACUGAGACCCUCCAAGUUCUGUCUGAGUUCCAGUGGAAACAUGGGCCUGUCUUCGCUCACCGUCGAAUCAUACAUGCCGGAUUGAUGCCGGCUGUGGUUGAAUCCUGGUAUCCUAGCUCAAACGACAGCUUCGGCGUUCUUUUGGAGGACGACAUCGAGGUCUCUGCCCUGUUCUACGCCUGGAUCAAAAUGACAGUCCUCCGUUACAGAUACAGCGAGCAGAGUCAUCUGACGAAGCAACUCUUCGGUGUCAGCCUCUACCAACAGAAAAACAUCGAACUGCAUCCUGAGAGUCGCAAGUCUUUCAAUGCUCGCAGUUACUUUGCGCGGAAUCGGAUCGCCGAGCCAACAACACCAUAUCUUUCCCAGAUUCCUUGCAGCUGGGGAGCCGUCUACUUUCCAGAGCACUGGCGCGAAUUCCAUGGCUAUCUUGCUGAGCGGUUCUCUCAAGCGAAGAUGGACAUCAAUCAGCCAGUGGUCCCUGGCGUCCGCUCAAACACCUGGACUCGCUCCUGGAAGAAGUAUUUCAUCGAGAUGGUUUACCUGCGUGGCUAUGUUAUGCUCUACCCCAAUUUCGCAUCCUUCAUGUCUCUGUCCACCAACCAUCUCGAAGUGGGAUCCCAUGUCAAGGAUAGGUCCAAGGAGAAGCAGCGGAUGUUCAGCAUGCCCCUCAUUGGAGCCGACGAAUCUUGGCGAUUGUUGGACCUGCCGGGCGAGAGAUUGCCGGCAUGGAAUACACUACCCGUACUUAAUUUGACUGGUUCUCUGACGACAUUAGAGCACCUUGCAUCGGUAUCCAUGCCCAGUCCGUAGCCAUGUGAUUAGUUGCCACGUGAUAAAUCAAACACGCAUCCUGUGAUUGGUUCUGACACUCCCCGCCGGGUCCAGCCGGGGAGAUCAGGUCUUGCUUUCGACGACGACGACCAUGUCCGUCCUCCCCCGUCUUUCUCGCUCUUUCUCCUCCUCUGCUUCGCGUGCGCUUGCAACGCCUGUCACCCAGAAGGCUGCGUUGAACAAGACCUUCAAAAUCUACCGCUGGAAUCCGGAUGAGCCCGAGAAGAAACCGGCUUUGCAGUCGUACACCAUUGAUCUCAACCAGACCGGGCCCAUGGUGCUGGACGCCCUCAUUAAGAUCAAGAACGAGAUCGACCCCACAUUGACUUUCCGUCGGUCAUGCAGAGAGGGAAUUUGUGGCUCGUGUGCCAUGAACAUCAACGGCCAAAACACAUUGGCGUGUCUUUGCCGUAUCGACAGAACAGAGGGCGCGGACAGCAAGAUUUACCCCUUGCCCCACAUGUACAUCGUCAAAGACCUCGUUCCUGACCUCACCAACUUCUACAAGCAGUACAAAUCCAUCAAGCCGUAUCUGCAGAACCCGAACCCGCCCGCAGAUGGCAAGGAGUUCUUGCAGAGCCCUGAGGACCGUAAGAAGUUGGAUGGAAUGUACGAGUGCAUUCUGUGCGCUUGCUGCUCGACCAGUUGCCCAAGCUACUGGUGGAACCAAGACGAGUAUCUUGGCCCGGCGACGCUGAUGCAGGCUUAUCGGUGGAUUGCGGACUCUCGGGACUCGCACACCGAAGAGCGGAAGGAGGUCCUUCAGAAUGAGAUGAGUCUGUACCGGUGCCACACCAUCUUCAACUGUUCUCGCACUUGCCCGAAGGGUCUCAACCCUGCAGCAGCCAUUGGACGCAUCAAGAUUGAGCUCGCUGCUGAUUAAAGGGCUGGAGGACAUACCCACUUUACCUACAUUGUCAAUUCGCAAACCAGGAGUAACACAUUCAAUUAUUUUCGAUAGACGACUAGUCGUUGAUGUGAGCGCGGCCAUCAAGGACCCGCUUGGCCUCGCUUGGUCCGUAGUUCAACCGCCCACUUCAACAACCCCGCAAUCCAGUUCGUUUACGCUCCAAGCUUCGGAAUGAGAGAUGACUCGCAGGCUGGUACCGUUGGAUUUCAGGCUGGUGGAUUCCUGGGGGAACCAAUCCCACCCCUAUUCGUCGCGAAACGCUUGACAAGUACGUCAUCGCGAUCGAAGGUCGGUAGGCUGGUCCCCGAAAUUUCUUGGCUCCACCCACCGGUCCUAAAAACUCCACUGCCACACUUGACCGAGUAGUGAACUUCGACCUGCACCAUGACUGACCCUGUGCCAGUCAAAGAGCGUGAUUUUGCUCCCCAUGUCGACCUCGACAAUGCACAACUUGACGAGCACCCCGAACAGCUACCAGCGCAGAGCCACAUCAAGCACGAGCGCGAGCAAGACGGAGAUUCGGAUUCGACGGGCACCGAGUUCUCCGAUGAAGAAUUCGACUGGGAUAAGGAGGACGAGGAUAGCACCCAGACUACGUCGGAGAAGCACUACAAGGCGAAGCGCGGCCGAGCGCUGUGGCUCGCGUUCAUGAAGCUUGCGCGACCCGUGCGGACGUUCCUCAUAGGGAUAUUGGGCACAGGGAUCCUCAUCACACCCUUCAUCCUCUUCCAAGUAGUGUUCACGAAGAGCCCUGCGCGACCACAUGUCCAUGCCUGGUCGCUCUGGUUCGCGAUCAUAUGGGCCGCCGGAUGCCUGACGAGCUUGGUUAUCGACAACAUCACCCGCUUCAUCAUCGCGGUCAUCGUACUGUUCGGAGGUCACGUCGAGCGACUCAAAGUCCAGCUUGAGGUCGUUUUCGCGGUCAAGGCAUGGCUUAAACUUGUUCUUGAUGUGACUUGGGCUUGGGUCAGUCUCUCGGUCAUCCGUGCAGUUGGCCAUCCUCCGGGCUCUUACUGGACCAUCAUCAAUCGGGUCAUGCAAGCUUUGUUCUCAUUCGCGAUGCUUCUUCUCGUGGAGAAGCUCUUCCUUCGCUUUGUUGCUAUAAGCUUCCACCAAAAGGCGCUAGCCGACCGUCUGACUGAAAAUCGACUGGGCCUCAAAGCGCUCGACCGACUCUCCAACGCCCAACCCGCACCGAAGAAGCAUCCUUACGGUCGCCGGGGAAGAAAGACCCCCACCGGCUCGGUCGACUUUUCCAGUGUAUUGCGAUUCACUGGCAACGGGAGUAAGCAGGUCCCCGAAACGAUCCCCGAGGAAAAGGUCGACACGGGCAAGCCGAUGAAGAAAGAGUCGGUCCGGAAGCAGAAGCGGCGCAAGGCGAUGACCAGCAUCAUUGUCGACCAAGUCGGGGGUGCGAUCGGCCACGUCGCCUUCAAAGGAAACAAGGAAGGCAGACUGGGUGAAUUGGCUUCUGCGAGGAAGUUGGCGAAGAAGUUAUUCGGCGCCUUGAGCGAUGUGUAUCCACCCCGGUCGCAUCUCAUUGUUGAUGGUCUGUGGACGUUCCAAGCGUCUUGCUGUUGUUUCGCUGGCUUACCACCAUCCAGACUUUUAUCCUUACUUUACCACCACUUCCGAAGCUACGGAGGCCUUUGCACUUUUUGACAAAGAUGGAAACGGCGACAUCUCGAAGAAGGAGAUGCGCGAAGCGGUCCAACGCAUUUACAGAGAACGACAAGCGCUGACAUCGAGCUUGAAGGUUUGCGCAGUCGCUCUCUUGGCUCUCCAGCUCAUCAUAUUUGCAGGACGUCGGCUCUGCGGUCGCCAAGCUGGAUGCCGUGCUUCUCUUCGUCGCUCUGAUCAUCCUCAUUUUCAUUUGCUUGCUGAUCUUCAACAAAUCGAACACGCUGACUUCGCUUGUUCCACUGGGCACGAUCAUUCUCGGCUUUUCGUUCAUUUUCGGCAACUCCGCUGCGACGCUCUUCAACUCGCUCAUCUUCAUUUUCUCUACCCACGUGUUUGACGUGGGCGACUUGGUGAUGAUCGACGACCAAGUCCUCGCUGUCCGGGAAUUCGGGCUGUUUGCGACCACCUUCCGGCGUGUCGAUGGACAAGAGAUCAUCGUCCCGAACUCGCUGCUGUCUGGAUCCAAGCUUGUCCACAACUUGCGUCGCAGUAACUCGAUGUGGGAGAGCACAGAACUCGUCGUGGCUUACACAACACCCCUCGAAGUCCUCGAGGAAUUGCGGACAAGAAUCAGCGCCUACAUCGCUGCCAACAGCCGUGAAUGGUCCGGGUCCGGACUCAACAUCGACAAGAUGGAGUUCCAAAAUGCCAUCCAUCUCAUUGUGGCCAUUGAACAUCGAGCCAACUGGCAAGACUGGGGUGCCCGCUGGACGAGACGAAACGAGUUCAUGCGCCAUCUCAAAACUAUUCUGGAAGAUCUCGAUCUCCGGUAUUCGCUGCCCCCUCAGCCCAUCGUGUUCCCGCAGGGUGGCCCGCCUACUGCGCGCGCCUCUCCCGAUCUUGGGAACGCUGGCUCAUUCGGCAUGAGCAUGCCCCAGCCGGCCCGGUCCUUCCGGUCGGAUAUGAGCGGGUUCCAAUGAGUCAUGUCAAUAGAAACCCGAGCAGGACUCGUCUAGUCUACGCAUAGGCCUCCCAGCAUCACUAUCAUCUAAAGCAUAUCAAAU